CCAUAAAAGUGCUUUAUUUUCCACGCGGUCUUCACAGCUUUCCAAGUCUCUAGCUCCCUGACUUCCUUUUCUUCGUCAAUUUUUGUAGUUUUCUUACAGUGAUUUUUCUGUUUGGUUCGCGGGAAUGCUGCUGGGAAAAGGUGAAGGACCGGCGAUCGGAAUCGAUCUCGGAACCACUUACUCAUGUGUGGGGGUUUGGCAACAUGAUCAUGUUGAAAUCAUAGCAAAUGAUCAAGGAAACAGGACGACGCCGUCUUAUGUUGCUUUCACUGAUACAGAGCGUUUGAUCGGCGAUGCUGCCAAGAAUCAGGUUGCCAUGAACCCUACCAACACUGUUUUUGAUACAAAGCGUUUGAUUGGAAGGAGAUACAGUGAUGCCUCAGUUCAGAGUGACAUCGAGUUGUGGCCUUUUAAGGUCGUAGCUGGUCCUGGUGACAAGCCAAUGAUUGUCGUCACAUACAAGGGCGAAGAGAAGCAGUUUGCUACUGAAGAAAUCUCUUCCAUGGUCCUCAUGAAGAUGAAAGAGAUUGCAGAGGCUUACCUUGGCACCACAAUAAAAAAUGCUGUUGUUACUGUUCCUGCCUACUUCAAUGACUCUCAAAGACGAGCAACAAAAGACGCCGGUGUCAUUUCCGGUCUUAAUGUUAUGCGCAUCAUUAAUGAACCAACUGCAGCGGCUGUUGCUUAUGGACUUGACAAGAAAGCCAAAAUCAUUGAUGAGGAGAACGUGCUCAUUUUCGAUCUUGGCGGUGGGACGUUUGAUGUUUCUCUCCUAACCAUUCAAGAAGGUAUUUUUGAGGUCAAAGCUACAGCUGGUGACACACAUUUGGGGGGUGAGGACUUCGAUAAUAGAAUGGUGAAGCACUUUGUUGAGCACUUCAAGAGAAAGCACAAGAAAGAUAUUAGUGGGAACCCAAGAGCAAUGAGGAGGUUGAGGACUGCUUGUGAGAGAGCUAAGAGGACUCUUUCGUCAACUACGCAAACUACAAUCGAGAUUGAUUCUUUAUAUGAGCGUAUUGAUUUUUACACAACAAUUACUCAAGCUAUGUUUGAGGAGAUGAACGUGGAUUUAUUCAGGAAGUGUAUGGAGCCAAUGGAAAAGUGUUUGAGGGAUGCGAAGAUGAACAAGAGCAAUGUCCAUGACAUUGUUCUUGUUGGUGGCUCUUCUCGGAUCCCAAAGGUUCAGCAAUUGUUGCAAGACUUUUUCAAUGGAAAGGAGCUCUGUAAAAGCAUUAACCCAGAUGAGGCAAUUGCUUAUGGUGCUGCGGUUCAAGCUGCAAUUUUAAGCAGUAAGGGCAACCAGAAGGUGCAGGAUUUCUUGUUGCUCGAUGUCACCCCUCUCUCCCUUGGUUUGGAGACAAAUGGCGGGGUCAUGACUAUUUUGAUUCCAAGAAACACAAGAAUUCCAAGCAAGAAAGAGCGAGUGUUCUCUACAUACUCUGAUAACCAACCUAGUGUGUUAAUUCGAGUCUAUGAGGGUGAGAGAACCAGGACCAGAGACAACAACCCGUUAGGCAAAUUCACGCUCACUGGAAUUCUUCCUGCUCCUAAGGGUGUCCCUCAAAUCAAUGUCCGUUUUGACAUUGAUGCCGAUGGUAUUUUGAAUGUCUCUAUAGAGGACAAAACUACAAGGAAUAAGAACAAAAUCACCAUCACCAAUGACAAAGGUCGGCUAUUGAAUGAGGAGAUUGAGAAGAUGUUGCAAAAGGCUAAGAAGUACAAAUCGGAAGAUGAGGAGCACAAGAAGAAAGUGGAGGCGAAGAAUGCGUUGGAGAAUUACGUGUACAAUAUGAGGAACACGAUCAAGGACAAAAAGAUUAGCACAAAACUUAGUUCUGCUGACAAAAAAAAGAUCGAAGAUGCAAUUGAUCAGGCAAUUCACUGGCUGGAUGCAAACCAGCUCGCUGAGGUGGAUGAAUUUGAGUACAAUGUAAAGGAGUUGGAGUGCAUUUGUAAUCCAAUAAUCGCCAAGAUGUACCAGGGUGCUGCUGGUGGUGACAUGGGUGGAGUCGUGGAUGAGAAUGUUUUUUUCUCUCUUGAUAUUAAGUCUUCUGAGAAUGAUAAAAGAGCCUAUCCCGUCAAACCCUUCACUAAGAAAACUGUGUCUCAGAGUCGUGCUCAUGUGCGGGGUGAGGGUUCUUCUCAUGAAGGUAAUGAACAAGCCAAGGAGAAAGCUGAGUUUGAUGCAGCUGCUAGUGGUGUAGGGGAGCCUGCCCAUCCUCAUUCUAUUCGUGGUCAGAUCCUUCAGCUUGAACGUGGCAUGAAUCAGCGCUUUGAUCAUCUUGAUGCUCUUCUGGAGCAAUUUGAUAGGCGUCUUACCUCUUUGGAGUCUAGUACUGGCCACAUUGCCUCUUCUGUUGAUCAGGUGGCCUAUCGGGUCUCUUAGCUCCUAUCUUAUUACCAGAUGCAGCAACCUUUACCGCUGCCAUAUUAGUGAUUCUUCUUUAUCUUUGGUUGUUGGUUUCUCAUGGUUCUCGUAUUUCUAUUCUAGAUGUCUUUGGACUUGUUUUAUCUAUUAUGGUUGUAGGUUUUGGGAUUGUCGUGCAUGGUUUUAUUUGUUUUUGGGAUUAGUACUUGCUGUAUUCUGAACAUGUUCUUGGUUAUUCUCUCUUUGUCUCUUUUGGACAAAAACGGGGAGAGAUGUUAGCAUAUGCUUAGUGUUUUUUGGAUUA